CGAAAUCAAACAGAUACAAAAUCAAAGCAAAAAACAACGAAAUCCAGGUAAUGAACAACAAAAGCUGAUACAGAGAAACAAACAGAAUAAUUGAGAAUUAGGAACAGAAUCUUCACGUUUAGCAUUCCGAUCCCUAAUCCUUCGCAUCUGCCAAAAUAUUACAAUUCAUGAAGUAAAAAUCUUUGCUGGGAAGAGUGUGGAUUUGCUGUUUUUCAUCAAAGUUGCUCUGCUUUGGGUGAUUGCUACCACCGGUACGCUCUUGCCUCAAUCACAUUUUUACAUUUCUUUGCAUACAUUUCAUCAUGUAAAUAUGAUGCAUAAUGGACUUUGUUUGUUGGCUUUGAAUGAUUAUAGUUUAACUGCAUUUUUUUAGUGUUCUGUGUGAAUUUUGUAUUAAUGGGAAUUGGGAAGCAACAUUGAGUCAUUGACCACAAAUCCUAGCUCAAGUGGCAGAAAUGCCGAAAUUGCUAGGUCGGACGCUAUGACCAGGGUUCGAAAAUAAUAAGGAAUAAUCCCUUCCGUCUCUAUUAUAAAAAAAAACACUUUUUAGGUUCAUUGAAUAACUAAUGUAUCUGGUCUAUAAGAUGGACUAGAUACAUUAAACAUUCUACGAAUCUAAAAACUAAAAUUUUUCUUACAAUAAAGAUGAGAGGGAGUAUUACAUAUGGUUGCUUUAGAUUUAUCUGUUGUAUGGGAAGAGUUGAUUGGAAAAGUCUAAUGAAAUUGGAAUUAUAGGUUGUUAGAUUAGGUGAUAUAUUAGCUUGGGUUCUGGUGGUGCUGAAACUGAUUCAUGAAAUCAGAAAACUUGUAGAAGAAUUAGGAGGAGUUGCAACUAUAGGGUACAUAAGAUCGUGGCAGAUAUGAAUAAUGACCCUACCAAUGAAUGCAAGUGUGGUGCACUAAAAUUUUGAUUGUGUUGUAGAGGAAAUAGGAUGUUAUUUACUUUAUAGAUAUGAUGUUACCUAGAGAAUGAGAUAGGAAAGGACUGAGCUGAAGAAGUAGUACAGAGUGGGCAUAUAGAUCCUGUCAUUUGAGUUAGUAUUUUUCUUUUGAUUGAAAAAUUUGUGUUGUGAGUGAGUUUAGCUGUCUAGGAAAAGCUUGGAUUUUUUUGACAUAGUUGUCGAAAUAAAUAUACGCCUAAAUACAUAAUGGAAAUGCUCUAUAUCUGCAGUUUAUCACUUCAUGAAUCUUUAAUAACAUAUUCUCAAUCCAAACUUAUUACAUUUGAAUUCCUAAACAUCUUGUGGACUACCCUUCCAGUUUAAUCCCUUUUCACUUAUUUGAGUUGCUAGUAAGAUACUCGGCUAUUCUUAAAUACACGCAAUGACGGUAGUAAUAUAAAUGUUGCAUUAAUAGUGCUGACAAAGUCCUCCCGCUACUUUCAUCCCGCAGGUUGCAACUUGCAAAUAUGAGUCUGAUUAAUCAUUUAUUUCAUGUAAUAUGAAAGAUUGUUUUUCUUGUUUUACAAUAGUAAUCACUUUGAUACCUUGCUCAAAUGUGGUCAUUGAAUGCAGAAAAUGCUGGCAGAUACCCCCUCAUCUCAUAUGAAUUCGGCUGUUUCUUCACCUCAAAGAAUAUUUUCAAAUUCAAGGAUCGAAAAUUGUGAAUACCCCAAUAGUGGGGCCUCCUCUUCUCUUUCCCGGCUCGAUGCAGAUAUCAACGGCAGUUAUGAAUCUGAUCUGUUCUCAAUUUCAUGGAAUCAGGACUACGGUUGCUUUGCUGCUGGAACAAGUCAUGGUUUUCGAAUCUAUAAUUGUGAACCUUUCAAAGAAACUUUCCGACGUGAUUUAAAAAGCGGCGGCUUCAAAAUUGUAGAGAUGCUGUUCCGCAGCAAUAUCCUAGCACUUGUUGGUGCUGUAGCUAAUUCCAAUUACCCACCCAAUAAAGUUUUGAUUUGGGAUGACCAUCAGAGCAGGUGCAUUGGUGAAUUCACUUUUAGAUCUGAAGUUCGUGGAGUGAAAUUAAGACGUGAUCGAAUUGUGGUUGUUCUUGAGCAUAAGAUCUAUGUUUAUAACUUCAUAGAUUUGAAGCUUCUUCAUCAAAUUGAAACUAUGUCAAAUCCUAGGGGGUUGUGCUGUCUUUCAUACCAGUCAAAUACAUUUGUUUUGGCUUGUCCAGGUCGUCACAAAGGACAGGUUCGAGUGGAACACUUUGGAUUGAAUAUGACAAAAUCAAUCAAUGCCCAUGAUUCCCAAAUUGCCUGCUUCACUCUGACGGCAGACGGUCUCCUUCUUGCAACUGCUAGUCUGAAGGGCACUUUGAUUAGAAUCUUCAAUACAAUGGACGGGUCUCUCUUACAGGAAGUAAGAAGAGGGGUGGAUAGGGCUGAAAUCAGCAGUAUAGCUCUGUCUCCAAAUGUCCAAUGGUUGGCAGUAUCAAGUGACAAAGGAACUGUUCAUAUAUUCAACUUGAGAGUGAGAGUGUUUGGGGAGGAUAGUAUGAUACGCCCAACUGCUGUCCAAGGGCCUGUACUGCUUCAUCAGAAUUCUUCAACUGCUUUAGAUCCCUUGAUUUCUCCAAAUACCGGUGCCAACCCCAAUUCAUCGUUAUCUUUCAUGAGAGGGGUUUUACCAAAAUAUUUUAGCUCAGAAUGGUCAUUUGCACAGUUCCGCUUGCCUGAAAGCACUAAAUUCAUUGUGGCAUUUGGAUCACAAAACACUGUCCUAAUUGCUGGAAUGGAUGGAAGUUUUUACAGAUGCAGCUUUGAUCAAGUAAAUGGAGGAGAGAUGUUGCAGAAGGAGUAUGUUCGCUUCCUAAAAUGUUAAAUAAGGCACGGAUGAACUAUUUCAAGCACUAUUUGUGAAUAAUAUGCCCCCAGCAUCAAGCAAUAAACUCUUCUCCUUCUAUGUAAAUAUGUAUAUUUUGCUUGUAAAUAUUGUGUAAAAAAAUGAAACAAAAUUGAAAAGGAGACAAAUUGAUAGCAAUUGCUAAGAUAAUAAAUUGCUUGUUGAAUGUGUUA